GUUGGUUUAAUAACAGUAUCUGACUUCCUUUCAUUUUGUCUUAGGGUCUCAAGAAAUAGAUGAAAUAUUUGCUUUUCACGUUCAAUAAUUACAAGCCAGAAAUCUAUUUCUAGACACUUGCUCUAUGCGAGAUUUUAUGAAUGGGUGUGAUUUGGCUUCGGAGAGAGGGUUGUGGACAUAGGCAGAGGACACGGGGAGACUUGUACAGUCCCUGUCCUUCAUAUAGUCUAGUUGAGAUCAUGGUGUCUAUUACAUGGAAAUUCUCAUUUAUGUAACAAAUUGCUAACCAGCUUAAAAAGUGGCCGACAACAAUUCUGUCUGCCUUGAUGGCAUGCCUUUGUGUUUGAAUCUGGGUAUUCUCAUUGGAACAUUUGCUUCAAGGAAAAUGGUGAAAACAUUCUUAGCUGGUCUUUUCAUUUUUCUGUCCUGCUUCCCUCCUGACUCCUCAUUUUCUUCCCGUAUCCUACUGUGUGUGCACGGUCUCUCGUUUUCUGUUGGAGUCUAAAGGGUACUUCACUACAUGCAAACACUAAACAUGUCAGCAGCGAGUAAAGGUGCUUGUUGUCGAUAUUGAUGAGCUGUGAUUUUUUAACGGAGUAGAUGUAUUCUUACAAGAGACAGGUGGGGAGACUAUUGCAGAAUUUAAAGAGGCAAUGACCAGAAAAAUGUAACAUUGCCUUCAAAAAUAAACUUCGAACUGUGGUCUUCUAAUGACGAGCAACUCCUAAACCAGAUGAUGCUGUGAGGUUGAAGAGGAAAUGAGGCAGCAUGAUGUGCAAGAACUGAAUCGAAUUCUCUUUAGUGCUUUGGAAACUUCUUUAGUCGGGACCUCCGGCCAUGACCUCAUCAAUCGUCUGUAUCACGGGACCAUUGUUAACCAGGUUGUUUGUAAAGAAUGUAAGAAUGUCAGUGAAAAGCAGGAAGACUUCUUAGAUCUCACAGUAGCAGUCAAAAACGUAUCAGGCUUGGAAGAUGCACUCUGGAACAUGUAUGUAGAAGAGGAAGUUUUUGACUAUGACAACCUGUACCACUGUGGGACUUGUGACAGGCUGGUUAAAGCAGCCAAGUCGGCCAAAUUACGUAAGCUGCCUCCCUUUCUUACUGUUUCGUUGUUAAGAUUUAAUUUUGAUUUUGUGAAGCACGAACGAUACAAGGAAACUAGCUGUUACACGUUCCCUCUCCGGAUCAAUCUCAAGCCUUUUUGUGAACAGAGUGAAUUGGAUGACUUGGAGUAUGUUUAUGACCUCUUUUCGGUUAUUAUCCACCAAGGUGGUUGCUAUGGAGGACAUUAUCACGUGUAUAUUAAAGAUGUCGAUCAUUUGGGAAACUGGCAAUUUCAAGAGGAAAAAAGUAAACCAGAUCUCCAGAAUAAAGAGGAGAUUGACGAUGAUCCAUUGAUAAUUCUAAAAGCAAUCUUACUACAGGAGGAGAGUAAUCUGAUUCCUGUUGAUCAGCUGGGCCAGAAACUCUUGAAAAAGAUAGGAAUAUCUUGGAACAAGAAGUACAGAAAACAGUAUGGACCACUGCGAAAGUUCUUACAGCUUCAUUCUCAGAUAUUUCUGCUCAGUUCAGAUGAAAGUACAGUUAGUCUCUUGAAGAAUGGUUCUCUCCAGGCUGAGUCCGAUUUUCAAAAGAAGGAUCAACACCUUUUCCAGAUGCAAACUUCAGAAUCCCCAGGAUUAAAUGACAGAAACUCCUGUCCCCACUGGUUUGAUAUAAAUGAUUCCAAAGUCCAACCAAUCAAGGAAAAAGAUAUUGAACAGCAGUUUCAGGGUAAAGAAAGUGCCUACAUGUUGUUUUAUCGGAAAUCCCAGUUGCAGAGACCCCCUGAAGCUCGAGCCAAUCCAAGGUACGGGGUUCCAUGUCAUUUGCUGAAUGAAAUGGAUGCGGCCAACAUUGAACUGCAAAGAAAAAGGGCAGAAUGUGAUUCUGCAAACAAUAGUUUUGAAUUGCAUCUGCACCUGGGCCCUCAUUAUCAUUUCUUCAAUGGGGCUCUGCACCCGACAGUCUCUCAAGCAGAAAGCAUGUGGGAUUUCACCUUUGAUAAAAGAAAAACUUUAGGAGAUCUUCGACAAUCAAUACUGCAGCUGUUAGAAUUUUGGGAAGGAGAUCUGGUGCUUAGUGUGGCAAAGCUUGUUCCUGCAGGACUUCACGUUUAUCGGAUGCUGGAUGGAGAUAACCUGACACUGUGUGAAAUGGAAAUUGAGGAUGGGGAAGACAUCUUUGUAUGGAAUGGGGUGGAGGUUGGUGGCAUCCACAUUCCAACCGGUAGCGACUGUGAGCCUGUGCUCAUAAAUGUUCUUCAUCUCGCAGCAAGCAGCCAGGGGGAAAAGUGUCAGCAGUUGGUAGAGGCCCCACAUGUGUUCCCAUCCAAUGCAGAAGUGCGGGCUGUGCUCACAGCCUUGGCAAUGCCCGUAGCCGUCCUCUUCGUCAGCACCACCGACUCUGUCGGGGAAGAGAACUGGGCCGCCAUUCCCGAGGAAGAUCUGAAGAAGACGUUCAGAGAACAGGGCCUCGGGAACGGGAGCUCGGUUCUCGUUCAGGAGUCUAACGAUGAUAAGAGUUUGCUGCUCAGACAAGGGAAAUGGUUCACUGGUGCGAGUGAGACCAGCUGGCUCCAAGUUCAAAAUUUAUGCGAGGUGGAGUCUGAGGAGAAGCAAGUUAAAAUAUCAGCAACUGUGAACACAGUGGUGUAUGAGAUUCGAAUUAAAGCCAUAAAGGAAUUAAAAUUAAUGAAGGAACUAGCUGAGAACAGCUGUUUGAGACCUAUUGGUAGAAACGGGAAGCUUCUCUGUCCAGUGCCAGACAGCUACACCGUGAAGGAAGCGGAACUGAAGAUGGGCAGUUCAUUGGGACUGUGUCCUGGGAAAGCACCAACUCCCUCCCAGCUGUUCCUGUUUUUCACUGUGGGGAGUGAUGUUCAGCCUGGUACAGAGAUGGAGAUCAUCGUAGAAGAAACCAUGUCUGCGAGAGAUUGUUUAAAGCUCAUGCUGGAGAAGUCUGGCCUACCAGGAGACACAUGGCAUUUACGGAAAAUGGAUUGGUGCUAUGAAGCAGGAGAGCCUUUAUGUGAAGAAGACGCAUCCCUGAAAGAACUUACGAUAUGCUCUGGAGAUACCUUGCUUUUAAUUGAAGGAAAACUUCCUCUUCCGGGUUUCCUGAAGGUGCCCAUCUGGUGGUACCAGCCUGGGGGUCCCUCCGGUCAUUGGAAGAGUCAUCAGGACCAGGUGGACGGUACCCCUUCUCCAAGUGGGGUCUGGACAGCUACUUCCACCCAAGGCGCUCCAGGUGACCUGUAUGCAGAGGCUUCCCUCCGCCACGUGGGGGACCUCGAGAUCUCGGAAGAGGCCACCUUGCUGGAGCUGAAGUCCCAGGCCAUGACCUUGUCCUCCUCUGAUUUCGUCAUCCCGUCCCCAGCCUUCCUUAGAGCCUGGACCUUGGAAAGUAAGCGCCCCAGCAGGCUUUUACGGACCAACCUGCAGCAACUCAAGGAGUAUAAACUGGGAAGGAAAACGGAGAUCUGUCUAGAGCCCCUUCAGAAGGAAGAAAACUUGGGGCCUCACGACGUGGUGCUGAGAACACAGAUGCGCAUCCCCGGCAAGAGGGCAUACGCCCCGCACGUGGACUUGGUGUGGGACACCGCCUGCGGCUGGACCGCCGGCUCCUUGAGGCAGCGCAUCGCCCACUUCUGCUCUCUUCCCGUGGAGAAAACUGAAAUCGCCAAGUACUUCCCCGAAAAGUUCGAGUGGCUUCCAGUCUCCAGCUGGAACCAGCAAAUUACCAAGAGGAAGAAGAAGAAAAAGCAAGAUAAUUUGCAGGGAGCACCUUAUUACUUGAAAGAUGGAGACACUGUUGGUAUCAAGAAUCUCCUGGUUGAGGAUGAUGAAGAUUUCAGUACCGUCAGAGAUGACCUGGGAAAAGAGACACAGAAGCAGCUCGCUCUGGGAAAACAGAAAAGCCAAGAAACCCUCCGUGUGCAGAGCAGUGACGUCUUCUCUGGUGUCAAGACGCCUGCCCGGCCCCGUGCACCAGAAGCGUCUCUUUCCAUCCACGUCGGGAGUUUCAGAUAGUGCGGGCAGCCAGCGACGUCCCCGUGGCCUCCGCACCCCAGCGGUGCCGGUACUGGCGGGUGGUGGGCGUGGGCGCGCUGCUCCCCCCACAGCUCACCGGGUGCGGCCGUGCGCGCACGCAUGUGGUUUUCCGCCUCCUGUGGAUGGGAUUCCAGACCCUCCGUUUAUCACGGGCAGAGGGACGUUCCAUCCCCAGCCAGACAAGGGCGCUUUAUCACGUGGCCGAGCUGUACCACACCUGACCCCGGCUGCCAUCUGUAUGAGAAAGUUCACCCGUUCCCCGUUAACUGCAGGCACGGAUAAAGCGGCACGUCGCUACCUUCCGACGGGUCCGCCGUCUGAAGCACUCACGUUCUUCUGUCUUCACGGUUCAGACGAGGUUGCCCCCACGUCCACGAGAAUUCUGACAGCUCAGCUCACGCCGACGGGCCGGCCAGGCUCACGCUGGGACACAAAGGGUGUUUCUGGCCCCCACGCGGCAUGUGAUCCCCCCUUUGACCGGAGUUAAAACCAAUUCUAAAGCGUUAGCUCUCUUUCCAGGAUGAGGAGACAGGGUGGCCUCUCAGGCUCGGUGGACGCUGCUGAAGAGAAGGAAGCCUCGGGUGUGGCCACACCGGUGGCAGCUCGGCAGCCCUGAGGUGCCCUCCGCCCCGUGUCGUCCGUGAUCAGAGCCUUCUCGCUGCUGCUGCUGCGAACGCCGGAGCCCCUGUGUGUCCGGAAGCCCGGCCGCGGCAGACGGGCCUGGCGUGGGCUGACGGUCCCGAGUGUCCUCAAAACAGAAAACCUAAACCAGGAUUCUGUUCCUCCUAAUUAAGCUUGGCUAAUAAAGACCUCAGCGGUA